UGUGUCACACAUUCUUGUCUACAAUAGGGCGACGUUGACAGGAUUCAACGGCGAUAGCGAAAAACAUUGCGAUAUUAUUCCAAACAAAAUACAGUAAAUGUUCUGCUAAUAAAAACAAAAAACAUUAAAAAUUAGUCGGAAAAGAUGGGUAUCUUGGAGAAGAUCUCGGAAAUAGAGAAAGAGAUUGCGCGUACUCAAAAAAAUAAAGCGACCGAAUAUCAUUUGGGACUUUUAAAAGCGAAACUUGCCAAAUAUCGGUCUCAAUUGUUAGAACCAUCUAAAAAGGGUGAAAAGGGUGAAGGUUUCGAUGUGCUGAAAAGUGGUGACGCACGUGUUGCAUUAAUCGGCUUUCCGUCAGUUGGCAAAUCAACUCUUCUCUCUACGCUUACCAAAACAGAAUCGGAGGCGGCAAAUUAUGAAUUCACAACGCUCACCUGUAUACCAGGUGUUAUUGAGUAUAAGGGUGCAAAUAUACAAUUACUUGAUUUGCCUGGAAUUAUAGAAGGAGCUGCGCAGGGCAAAGGUCGUGGUCGUCAAGUUAUCGCCGUAGCACGUACUGCUGAUUUAGUGAUCAUGAUGUUGGACGCCACCAAACCGAAUGUUCAUCGUGAUUUACUCGAGCGCGAAUUGGAGUCUGUAGGUAUUCGUCUCAACAAACGAAAACCAAAUAUUUAUUUUAAGCAAAAGAAGGGCGGCGGCCUUAGCUUUAACUCCACUUGCUCACUAUCGCGUUGCAACGAAAAAAUGGUGCAAACGAUUUUGCACUCAUUCAAAAUUUUCAAUGCGGAAGUAUUAUUCCGGGAGGACUGCACUGAAGAUGAAUUUAUCGAUGUGGUCACAGCGAACCGUGUAUAUUUGCCCUGCUUAUACGUGUAUAAUAAAAUCGAUCAGAUUUCAAUUGAGGAAGUCGAUCGCCUGGCGCGUCAACCGAAUUCUAUUGUAGUCAGUUGCAACAUGAAACUUAAUUUAGACUAUCUACUCGAAGCAUUAUGGGAUGCCUUACAAUUGAUAAGAGUUUAUACAAAAAAACCCGGUGCACCACCAGAUUUUGAUGACGGUUUAAUUUUGCGAAAGGGUGUUACGGUGGAGCACGUAUGCCACGCUAUUCAUCGUACGCUUGCAGCACAAUUUAAGUAUGGACUGGUGUGGGGCACUUCCACAAAGUACUCGCCACAACGCGUUGGCAUAUCGCACAUUAUGGCCGACGAAGACGUUAUACAAGUUGUUAAGAAAUGAUAAAUACUUCUGACCUAUACAUAUUAGACAUUUGCGUUGAGAUUGUGUUAAAUGUUGAUGCAUUGGCAAAUUGUAGGCCUUCCUUAAAUACAUACAUAUAUCUAUAUAUUUAAAAAACUUGUUCAUACAGUUUGAGAGUCAAAAAAUACUUUUAUAUGCAUUUCAAGAAAUGUUAGAAAGAAAUCGUGAAAGUUGGAAAUCGCUUGCUAAAUACACACAAAAGGUUGCUAAAUAAAA